CCCGCCGCAGCUCCGGAGGCCAGUGCUCCCCAGGACCGGCAGACUCUGCUGGCGGUGCUGCAGUUCCUACGGCAAAGCAACCUCCGUGAGGCCGAAGAGGCGCUGCGCCGCGAGGCUCGGCUGCUGGAGGAGGCAGUGGCGGGCUCUGGAGCCCCGGGAGAAGCGGACGUUACCGGCGCCGAGGCAGCCAGCGCGCUUCUCAGCCGGGUCACCGCCUCGGCCCCCGGCCCCGCAGCCCCCGACCCUCCGGGGGCCGCAGCGUCGGGGGCCGGCGCCGUCUCGGGCUCAGCCUCGGGUCCCGUGGCUCCGGGGAAAGUUGCAAGUGUUGUCGUGGAAGACCAGCCAGAUGUUAGUGCUGUGCUCUCAGCUUACAACCAGCAGGGAGACCCUGCCAUGUACGAGGAGUACUACAGCGGACUGAAGCACUUCAUUGAAUGUUCUCUGGACUGCCAUCGAGCAGAACUAUCUCAACUCUUUUAUCCUUUGUUUGUGCAUAUGUACUUGGAGCUAGUCUACAAUCAACAUGAAAGUGAAGCAAAAUCAUUCUUUGAGAAGUUCCAUGGAGAUCAAGAAUGUUAUUACCAGGACGACCUCCGAGUAUUAUCUAGUCUUACCAAAAAGGAGCACAUGAAAGGGAAUGAGACCAUGUUGGACUUCCGAACAAGUAAAUUUGUUUUGCGAAUUUCCCGGGACUCAUACCAACUCUUAAAGAGGCAUCUUCAGGAGAAACAGAACAAUCAGAUAUGGAACAUCGUUCAGGAGCACCUCUACAUCGACAUCUUCGAUGGGAUGCCGCGUAGUAAGCAGCAGAUAGACGCCAUGGUGGGAAGUUUGGCAGGAGAGGCUAAACGAGAGGCAAACAAAUCAAAGGUCUUUUUUGGUUUAUUAAAAGAACCAGAAAUCGAGGUGCCCUUGGAUGAUGAGGAUGAAGAAGGAGAAAAUGAAGAAGGAAAACCUAAAAAGAAAAAGCCUAAAAAAGAUAGUAUUGGGUCCAAAAGCAAAAAACAAGACCCCAAUGCUCCACCUCAGAACAGAAUUCCUCUUCCCGAGUUGAAAGAUUCAGAUAAGUUGGAUAAGAUUAUGAAUAUGAAAGAAACCACCAAACGAGUCCGCCUUGGUCCAGACUGCCUCCCCUCUAUCUGCUUCUAUACAUUCCUUAAUGCUUACCAGGGCCUCACUGCAGUGGAUGUCACUGACGAUUCUAGCCUGAUUGCUGGAGGUUUUGCAGACUCAACUGUCAGAGUGUGGUCUGUGACACCCAGAAAGCUCCGCAGUGUGAAACAAGCCACAGAUCUUAGCCUCAUAGACAAAGAAUCGGAUGAUGUCUUAGAAAGAAUCAUGGAUGAGAAAACAGCCAGUGAGCUGAAGAUUCUGUAUGGUCACAGUGGGCCUGUCUAUGGAGCCAGCUUCAGCCCGGAUAGGAACUACCUGCUUUCCUCUUCAGAAGAUGGAACUGUUCGAUUGUGGAGCCUUCAGACGUUCACCUGCUUGGUGGGCUAUAAAGGACACAACUACCCUGUAUGGGACACACAGUUUUCUCCCCACGGAUACUAUUUUGUGUCAGGGGGUCAUGACCGAGUAGCUCGGCUCUGGGCUACAGACCACUACCAGCCUUUACGGAUAUUUGCUGGACAUCUUGCUGAUGUAAAUUGUACCAGAUUCCAUCCAAACUCUAAUUAUGUUGCUACGGGUUCUGCAGACCGAACAGUGCGGCUUUGGGAUGUCCUGAAUGGGAACUGUGUAAGAGUCUUCACUGGACACAAGGGACCGAUUCAUUCCUUGGCAUUUUCUCCCAAUGGGAGAUUCCUGGCUACAGGAGCAACUGAUGGCAGAGUACUCCUGUGGGAUAUUGGACAUGGUUUAAUGGUUGGAGAAUUAAAAGGACACACAGAUACAGUUUGUUCACUUAGGUUUAGUAGAGAUGGUGAAAUUUUAGCAUCAGGUUCAAUGGAUAAUACAGUCCGGUUGUGGGAUGCUAUCAAAGCAUUUGAAGAUUUAGAGACUGAUGACUUUACUACAGCCACUGGGCACAUAAACUUACCUGAGAAUCCACAGGAGUUAUUGCUGGGAACAUACCUGACCAAAUCAACACCAGUUGCACACCUCCAUUUUACUCGAAGGAACUUGGUUCUAGCUGCAGGAGCUUACAGUCCACAGUAACCAUCGGUACUCAAGACCUUUUGGAAGCUACUGUUUGAAAAGGGAGACUGAAAGCAAAUACCUCAGUGAUUUAAUAUUUAAGCUACAAAGAAUGUUUUGUCUAUAUGGAUCUGGAAGUAAUGCUGCUUGGAACAUCUGAACAGGACGGUUCCACAUUUCUAUAGCAACCACAUUUAACUAAUUUCCGUUAGCUGAAUGGGAGGUAUUAUGUUCAUGGAGGGGACAUUUAUGGUGCUUUGGAUUGUGUGGAAACUAUGCAUAUUCUGUUCAAAUGCUACUUUAAUUUAUUAUUUUGGAGAGAGGAAAAAAAACACCAAUUCAUCCAGCUUCAAAAGAAUUCAAACUUAGUAUAAUUAAUACCAUCUUAAAUUUUGGCUGAAGAAUUCUAUGAGCAUAAACAUUUCUGCUGUAAAAGGUAGUUACUGCAUGGCCCUCGAGUGUGACAUGGCCCCACUAGCCCUUUCCUUGGCCCACGGUUAGCAGAACGUAUGUGACUCGGUAGGGUGAACUACAUUUUUACUAAGAGCUAGAUGAAGUACAACCACUGACUGACAUCUACUUUUACACUGAAACACUCAGCCAGGUUUUCAUGGUCUACUUCAGCUAACAUAAUAUACAACCUAGUACACUUGAAGUCAGACAGACAUUUCAGUUGCUUACCUCUAGGACUGAGCCUUGCUUUGGUAAACGGAAAAAAAAAUUAGACCAAGUCACUGCCAGUUUUUUGCCUUUGUUUCAUUUUGUACAGUUUUUAUAUUUUUGAUAUCUUGUAAAUAAAAACAACCAGCUUUUCCAGGUUCAUAAUUUAUUGUACAA